UGAGGAAGAAGUAAUAAAGAAAAAAAAAAAAAGAACAAUAAAACCUGGAGUGUUGCCAAGAAGGCCUGCGUUCCCUUCACCACCUAUCAUCACACCUGUCAGGGUCGAUGAUGAAGGCAUGGCUGGUGUAUCAGCUGCUGGAAUCCAACCACAUAAUAUUACUCCAUGUGAAUCCUCCACCAUCGGGGGAGAAACCUAUGAGGCCUUUCAAGGGAACCAUCAAGAUGGAACGGAUACAGUCUCCAAAGAGAUUUUCAGUUUCCUGGAGGGUAUGGAGAGGAGGAUUAUGCUGAAGUUGGAAAGGAUGCACGAGGACAUAAGAAAUGGCAAUGGUAGAGUCAUGGAGGCUGUGGAGUCCAGGCCAGGAAGGACAUCUGAGGCAGCUGAAGAGGACAUGUUAGAGGGUCCAUGUCAAAACCUCGCAGACUUGGAGGACCUCUGCAAAAAGAUUGCAGACCGCUCUUUUAAAAAGAAAAUGAUUCGGCACCUGAGCCUUCUUGGAGGCAGCAAUGUCGGGGAUGGGGUUCGAAGGAUGCUGAGAAAAAUCGGCACUAAUGAGCUGUGGAAGGGGUUCAGUUUAAAGGGGAGAAAGGGGAAGAGACCCUUCCACAGUUUAUUAAUUUAUGACGUGGUGAUACGUGCCUGCAGCCGUACCUUUCCGAAUGUGGACUGCCAGAAGGUGGAGGAGGCCAUUGCGGUUACCCUCAAACAUGCUCCCCACCGCAGAUCAACAAACCAGGUAUUGAUUCCGGACGACCUGGUGGAGGACGAGGAGGAGGGGGAGGACGAAGUGGAGGAAUAGGAGGAGGAGGAGGGAGAGGAGUCAA